GAAAUCAAUGACCUGUAGCAAUUAAUAGUCCAGCAAGAGUGAUUCUGCCGACAAAAAUAAAUAUAAAAAUAAACAUGACAAAUCAUUCAUGGAUUUUAGUAGUAGAAAAACAAAAGUAAAUUAAAGUGUGCAUAAAGAUAUAAGAUAGGAGGUAUUGUCAUGUUCUUCUCAUUCACACCAUCUGCUACCUUCUUGCUUUCUAGACAUGGCUAAAUCAGUUUUCUUUUUCUUCUUAGCCGUCUCUCUUCUGCUUCUUCUUCUUGCGGCGGCUUCGACAGCCGCAGCUGCAGGGAACGCCACAAGUGAGUUGAUAUAUGGCGGAUGUGCUCGUGGAGACACCGUUGGAGAAUGCAUAACGGCGGAGGUCGAGGAGGAGGGAGUUGAGGCUGUGGUGGGGCGGAUUCUGGAACAACAGAGGAAGAGAAUAAGCUACGGAGCUCUGCAGAAGCAGCCAGCUUUGAAAUGUAAUAAGAUCGCUGGCAACUGCAUCGGAACUUUUUAUCAAAAAAAAAAAAAAAAAAACUGCAUCGGAACAGUUAAUAAGAGAAACGCACCUUGCACUUACUACGACAGAUGCAAACGCGCCACUAGCUAA